AUGCUCUCACUUCUCAUGACUUCGCGCAAGAUUCGAGAUGAGGUGGUUCUUACUGUCCGCCAUCGCCUACGCCUUUCAGGCGAACUGAGGAUCUUUGUCGAAGCGCAAAGAUACUACACAGGCUGGAAAGCAGCAGUCGUCCAGGACUCGGACGAAAACCCGACUGAUUUUGUGAUUCCUGGUGGCCUCACGCCUGACGAGCUUCUCUUCAACUUGAGACGGCCCUGUUUCCUCUGGCCUAGGAAUAUGCCUGCCUGGAAGGGAGAUGCAUUGCUACAAGUCCUCGACUCGGUGACCUGCAGUGCGUCUUGGAAUCACUACUUUAGAGUCCAGAUCACAAUCACCAUGUCCUCCAACCAUCAGAAAAGCGUCGAUUUGUUGUAUCAAGACUCUCCAUUUAUGCUCCAAGGCUCUCCGGAUACGAUGUUCUUCUGUUGCUUUGUCAAGACUGCUCCCUUCCUCGCACUAGAUUCUUUGACUUGUGGUGCUGUCAAACCUCGUAGUACUUUUGAGAUUUAG